GGUUUCUGAGGACAUAGCUGCAGCUCCCCUGUCAGACUAGGGAUCACUGAAAGCCAGGUUGGACUCCCGUAGCAGUCUGGAAGUCACCUCAUCAGACUGAGGUCUCUCCUGAGGGCAAAGCUGUUAUCCCAGGAGACCAGGGGUUGGGGCUGGGGUGCGCUACCCUCACUUCGCCAACUUCCCAACCUGGUGCCCUCACAGAACCUGCCAGCCCUGGUGCUGAAGAUCAUGAGCGGCACCUUUGCACCCAUCUCUGACCGGUACAGCCCUGAGCUGCGCCAGCUUGUCCUGAGUCUACUCAGCCUGGAGCCUGCCCAGCGGCCAUCACUCAGCCACAUCAUGGCACAGCCCCUCUGCAUCCGUGCCCUCCUCAACCUCCACACUGACGUGGGCAGCGUUCGCAUGCGGAGGCCUGUGCAGGGAGAGCGAGUGGUCCUGGGCGGAUGGGUGUGGGCACCCAGUGGGAGCACAGGAGGCCUGGGGCAGAGGGGUACCUGGGUGAGUCCUCCCUCCCUGCAGGUAGGAAUGUCAGGAGAGUCUUUGUCCUUAGGCCCCCAUCUGUCCUGCAGGGUGGAGAAGUCUGUGACCCCCGGCAGCACUGGGAGCAGGACCACCAGUGUCCGCUGCAGAGGUGUCCCCCGGGGACCUGUGAGGCCAACCAUCCCACCACCACUGUCGUCAGUGUACGCCUGGGGUGGUGGGCUGGGCACUCCCCUGCGGCUGCCAAUGCUCAACACAGAGGUGGUCCAGGUGGCAGCUGGGCGCACACAGAAAGCCGGCGUCACACGCUCUGGGCGUCUCAUCCUGUGGGAGGCCCCACCCCUAGGUGCAGGUGGAGGCACCCUCCUUCCUGGGGCAGUGGAGCAGCCGCAGCCCCAGUUCAUCUCGCGCUUCCUGGAGGGCCAGUCGGGCGUGACCAUCAAGCACGUGGCCUGCGGAGACUUCUUCACCGCCUGCUUGACUGGUGAGCCAUUGGGCCUACCUCGGGGGGGACCUUCUAUAAGGCCCCACAGAGCACCUUCUCUCUUCUCUUGCAAACCAUGCACUUAAUGAAUGC